GAGAAUUAAACAGAACGCAGCCGACUGCGACGCAAGCAGCACGCAUACAACAGCAACUCCAGCCAAGCAAAUAAGAGAAAGCUUUGAAAUGCUUGCAGUGUUACUACCGUUGAUUUUAUUGGCCUCGCCUUGGUUGCGUGUGGGCGAUGCCCAAUUGGUUGAUCUGCAGCCAGUUUACACUGGACCCACAAUCGCGCCACUCGGUUGCCAUCGACGCUUGUACACGUACCGCGUGACACAGUCGGAUUUGCAGGGACGCGAAUGCUGGGAUUUCGUGAGCGUCUGGAGCUGUUGGGGUCGCUGCGAUUCCAGUGAGAUAUCCGAUUGGAAAUUCCCCUACAAGCGCUCCUUCCAUCCGGUCUGUGUGCAUGCGCAACGCCAGCCAUCUGUGGCCACGCUGAAAAACUGUCAUCCCGAGGCAGACGACAGCAUACGUAAAUACAAAUAUAUGGAGGCCGUAAAUUGUCAUUGCCAGACCUGCUCCACGGAGGACACCAGCUGCGAGGCGCCAGCCAACAAUGAUGUGGACGAACGCAAAAGUGCUAAGGUUUUAGCCUUAACUAAUGAUGACUCUGGUGCACUCGACUACUAAACGAUCGUAGAUAACAAUGCGUAAUAAUAGUAGUAGUAGAACACUUUAGUUGUAGUACAGUGUCUUGGCGCAUUUAUUAUAAUAUAAUAAAGCUUUUCAUUUAAUGGCAAAUUGCAUUUAAAGCAUACCACUUUAUUAGCUCGAUUUGAUUUACAUGAUUUUUUUUGGUUAUCUGCAACAAGAAUUUUGGUGUGCCAAAUGUCGAUUUUAACAUUUAAACUAAAAAGAAAAUUCUUACGUGUCCAGAUAAAUCUAAAUAUAUAUAUACGUAUAUAUAUAUAUACAUCUAUAAUGUGUGUGUGUGUAUUUUUUUUUAAUAUAAAACAAAACUAUAUAUUUGACGGUUAAGCGCUGCGAAGCGAUUCCUACACAAGCACUCAUGUGUACACAUUUCUGCCAUAAGCCACAGUUAGGUUGGCAGCUAUAGCUAUUCACUUUUACUAAGGACUACGCCGCCGUCGCACCUACAGGAAUUUUGGAUUUGAGUUUGUGUUGUUGCUCUCUUGCGCCAACAGGUAUAAGCAAUAGAGCGA